AUGGCGCAGGGCCGGCACACUGAGGCGGAGCUGAACGAUGCCUUGUCCAAUCUUGCCUGGGGCUCCAUCGACACGGACUCCGGAGAGUGGAACUUGGAGUCUCCGGACCCCUCGCUCGAGCCGCCGCACUCGUCCUUGAUCACGUACGCGGACUAUGUGGCGAGAACGUACCCUGCGGACCCCACCAUGGAGGAUAAGGCGCGGGAGGAGAACGCGCGGCUAGCCUUCGAACGGCGGAGUUGCUUCACCUGCCCGGGGGAGCCCGGUUCCAAGUUCCGGGCAUUGUUUGACCAGAUGGUCAAGAACUUGCAGCACUCCAACAAGGCGCUUGCGAAAGCCUUUGACAUCAAGAAGGUCAUCCUCAACGAGGAGGUGCCUGAAGAUGCCUCGAAAUCAGAGGCUCAGAACAUCAUGCGCUUCGGCCGGCACACGAUCUUGCCGUCCUUCUGGAAUCUGCUGAUCCAGCUCACGAAGCAGGGCCGCCGCUUCUCCGUGGUGUUCCGCUCCUUCAGCGAGGAGCAGCUGGCCCAGGCGCAGAAGGAGCUUCAGCUCUUCGUGCAGUGCCAGCACCCCGCCUACAACGGCCAGAACAAGACCCACAAGCCGCCCUUGAUGGAUGGGAACAAGGGCUCCAGAGAUUUUCGGCUCUCCCCAACCGCAAUCGGCCGAAUGGACCGCAUGAGCGGGUGCCUGCGCUUCCGCGACCGGCCGGUCUCGGGGCCCGGUGACGCAGAAGAGGCAGACAAGCCUCCAGAGGCGGCCUUUAGGCCUACGGAGUACAACUUCCCUCCCUACCACGAAGCCUAUGCCGGCCUCAUGCAUCAAAUUUUAGAGACCGCGAAUUCAGCGGCGAUCGUGGACGACUUGGCGUUUUGGGAUGCUCAUGAGAGGGAUCCCUCCGCCGGGAAGAUGCUGCUCCUCGACCGUGCGGAGACAAAGGUCCAGCACAUUUUCUUCGAUGGUAACAUCGACAAGGAGGACCUGAACUGCGUAGAUGUCCGAGAUGCGGUGACCGGGGAGGGCGUGCCCCUUGCGGAGUGCGCCGGCAUCUACGUGCACCGCGUGGAUUUCUUCCAGGCGAUCACUGACUCGGAGUACUUUAUCAAGGCCACAGAGGCCUGCGAGCUGAAGCGGUCCAUGAAGAUCGUGGAGGAUCGGCGUGCGGAAGGCGUGGCAAAAGCCCUCUCGGGCCAGGAGCUGAAGCAGGCGGCGGCAGAGGCCCAAGCGAUGGCGCCCAAGGAGUGGCUCUACCGGAACGUCAUCCCCGCGCUCCUGCCAGCUCUGGAGGCCUGCCAGCGCGAUCGGCCCGAAGAUCCCAUCGAGUUCAUAGCUUUCUACAUGCUGCGGCACUCAAAGCAGUACUCCAAAACUCUGAAGGCGUAG